UCGUAAUUCACUGGUUUAAUCAUAACUACUACCGCAGUUGUAGGUGCAACGUCAAGGAUGUAAUACCUACACGAAUCACAACCUACAAUUCCCGAAAACAUUACCUACAUUAUGGAAAAUAUAUUUGAAAUUUCUCCUUAUCCCUGAAAGUUUUCUGAUAAUUCAGAACAAGACAAGCUGAAAUUUGCAAAGCGAGAUUCUUCUGUAUCUAAGGUCAUAGGCCAAGUCUAAGAUGCUUCUAUAAAGUGCAAUGUUAAAAAAAGUUAAGAUUAGUUUUAGUUAAAGGGACGAAGUUCCGUGUUCCUUUCAUAUCCUCUGGUUAAUUUCAAAUUCCAAUGAAUUAUCAGAAGCUUUCUCCGCCUCUGUCAUCGAAAAAAAUCGGAUUCCCUGAUAUCGAUUUUCGUCGCGCAGCAUCCCCUUGCCGACCAUGAGCGAAAUCAAGAGCGCCCUAACCCUGAAUUCAUCCCUCUCAAAAACUGUUGUUUCGCUCUGUCGGCUACAGUCCACACUUACUUUAUUCAGGUUGCACACCGUGUACAGCUGCUGUAUUUAACUAGUGUAUUUUGGAGUGUUUUCAUUUCAGUGUAAGAGUCCUCCAAAGCCAUGCAAGAUGGAUUGGUCCUCUUUUCUAUCAGUUUACUGUCGGAUUUAUAAUCGAAUGUAACUCAAGGAUUAAAUUAAUUUAAACAAAAAAAAAUCUACGUGGCAUGAGCAGAAAUUUCGGUACCUCCAUUUUGGAAAUAUGGGAAGUUUGCCCAACCUUCACGAGCUGGGAAAAGCUGACGAUGGUGAAGAAACAAAUCAAGCAGGAUUUAAGCCUGGACCGGCCCUGGGACGACUAUGCGGCGCCUACGAUGCAGGCCUCACCAACGCGGAAAAAUGUAAAAUAUUGCAUCGGUAUUCCGGCCAUGCGAAAAUCACCAAGGCCCGAAGCAACCCUCACGAUUCCAAUAAGAUAGUCCACGAUGACCUGAUGAUGGAGCACAUGGCCACUUAUUCUCCAAUUUCAGCGCGUUCUCGUUACAACUUGCACGGUGGAGGUCCCAUUAAAAGAAUAGACUCUUUAGCUAGUUCUAUUGGGGCCACUUCUGUCAGAAGACUGUUGACAGUGGUACGAGGUGGCGCUCAUAAUAGUUCGAUAGGUCGUCCAGCAGGAAUAGCCUACAGUCGUAAACUCCUCCUGGCCAAUCUGGUUAUCAUGUGCGUGUGCCAUUUGUUAUCCACAGCGGCGUUUCUACCGUUUCUAGCUCUUCAGGGCAGCGUGUCCGUUUGGGUACAGUCUCUGACCAGCUCAGUCUUCGAAUUCAACACCGGCUCACUGCUGAGCUCAGAAAUUUUCUUAACGGCCGCUCUGACCGCUUUAGUCGCUCCUUGUUUUGUACGGAUUCUGGGGACUAACAUACUGGUUAUAAUUUGUUUCGCUGGAAUGAUAACAUUCUACGCGCUCCACCUUUAUCCAGUGAUCUACACGACAAUACCCGGUAGUCUUCUGAUGGGCAUACUUCUAGGGCUGCUGUCCAGUGCGCAAAUUUCCUUUCUAAUGAUUUUGACGCAUAGAAUAGCCGGACUGUUUCACGAAGACGACGAAGAUGGACGGUUCGCCAGAAGGACAUGUGUCAUCAGGAGAAUUGCCAGGGCAUUCCAGGGCGCCCAGGACUUGGGACUGAUUUUAGGAUCGGUUUUAUCGUUUUUGGUUAUUCAUUUUACAAUCAAUAUUGGAAAUAGUAAUGUUGUUGGAGUGGAAUCGGAAAACGGGACCGUUUCUAUAAAUGACUGUCUCCCAAAUUAUUCCUCCUGCACAAAUCGCACCCAAAUCGUAACAGUAACAGCGGCAAACCCCUACGACUAUGGCUCGUUUCUGGACGACAUUUUCGAUCGCACGGAAGAUGGACGAUUAUGCGGCGCACAAGCGUGCCCAAUAUUUCUAUUGGGCAACUCGACCUUACAAUCGGGUUUCCGGGUACUACCACUUGACUCGUCAAAAAUUUUACUAGCGAUCUACGGCGGUGCCUGUGGUUUAGCCUUUCUGUUAGCCGUACUGGGAUUGGACAACAUCAAGAUUUUGACUUAUCAAGACCCUUUGGAACGUGGUCUCGGACUGACAGCCCUGAGAGCUGUAAUGGAAAGUUUUAGAGAUCCAAGACUGCAAUUAACAGCGCCUUUGGCUGUUUUCAUGGGCCUUGAACAGGCAUUUAUUUAUGCUGACUUUUCAAAGUCCUACGUAGUAUGUACACUGGGAAUUCAUCGUUUGAAUUUAGUAUUCCUAGCAAUGGGUUUACUACAAUCAGUAGCCGCUUGUACUUUAAGCAUGCUUCUAAGGACAAUCAGACGUUAUUAUGUUGUUGCUGUCGGAUUUGCAUUUCAAAUAUGCUUAAUCAUGGUGUUAUUGUUGUGGAAACCCAUUGAAGAUGAUCCUGCGUUAUUUUAUGUCAUAUCCGCUGCUUGGGGCGUGUGUCACGCUAUAUGGGAGAUGAUCAGUUUUACUCUGCUCACCGGUCAAUAUUUGGACCAUUGGGAAGCGGCCUUUGCAAAUCGCGCCUUUUUCAAAUUCCUCGGUUUUUCCGUGGCCUUCGUGCUUCACAGUUUCCUGUGCAACUACAUGAAACUCUACAUUUUGGCCUUCGUUAUGAUUGUAUCGGUGAUACCGUUCGCCCUGUUGGAAUAUCGUUUGGAGAAUAUCAGAAAAAUUCGCAACAUCACCCGCUUAUGACCCAAAUUAAAUCUCUUCUGAUCCGCUCGUAGGUAUUUCGUAACGUACACAUAUCAGGUACUGCGUACUGUGCAUUAUUAGUAAAAGUGUUUUUUUUUUUGGUGGUCAAUAAAUGAUAGUUAAUAAUUAUAAUAUAUAGGGUGGUCCAGACUAGAACGUGACUACAAAAAUAAAUGUUAUUUAAAUAUUUAUAACCAGGUUUUACAUUAGUAGAUGAUUUUUGUGUAUAGGAAGAUUGUAGACGAAUUACCUAAUGAUUCUUGGAGCAGUUUGUAUAACAGAUUGUUGAAUUCGUCCACGUUUUUCCAGAAUCAAGGGUAAAAUGGUAUACCUACCUAUUGGUUGUGUCUUCUAACUUAAAAAAAGCCUUCAAAAUGAGUUACCUAUUAAUUUUAUAUAAAAACUAUAUUUCUGGUGUAUCUAUAAAAGAUAAACUCAGUAGGUAUUUAGAUUCCUAUUGCUAGUGUACUAUCCAUCUAGGAUUUUCUAUUGUAGACCAAAUUGGGUGUUCUGAUUUUAUUUUUUAAAAUGUUGUUGGGAAUAAUAAGGCAAGUGAAUUGGUUUGAAUUUAGUUCACCAACUAGUAGAGUUAUGGUGUAGCUGAUAUUUUAGCAUCAAAGAAGACAUCUGUGAUGUAUAUUUGUAAAUAAUUAUGUACCUAUGUAUAAGUAUUUGUAUUUGAAAUAUUUUUAAAUCCUUAAAAAAAGGGUUGUUAUAACACCUUCAAGUGUCUUUUUAAACAAUCUUGUUGUAUAUUUAAAAUAAAAGAUUCUUGCAAUUUU